UAAUACUGUUAUAACAAAGUAGGAAUAAUAAAUUAUAUACUAGUAAAGACUAACACAGUAGUUCUCCCAAAGAUUGAGCCAACAGUUAGCAAUCUAUCACUUUCUAUAAUCUUCCUUCAAAUCUUUUGAGGGUCCCUCUGUUCUUUUCUUUACUGCUUUGAAUACUUGAACAGUCUCAAGAAGAAAAAAACAAAGAUCUGUACACAAGAAAGCUGCUUGAUUUACUGUGCUUUUUUCUUAGAUUUAAGUUGUUUAGGGUUUCAAGAUUUUACUUGGGAACUUGAAGAUCUGCUUCAGUUUUGAUGUAAUUAGUUGGUUAUGUAGUUUCUUUGGAGAAAAGGGUGUUUUGGGGUUUUUAUUGAUUUUUUUUUCUUCAAUGAUCUGAGACAAGUAUGAAGAAGCUGACAUUGGUGGUGUUUAGUAGUGGAAGUGGGGUUGGAUGAGAAAUAUGUUUGCCUGCUUCUUGGUUUUUGCUUAGGCUGGGGGGUGGGGGGGUCAGACUAGUGCCAAAGUUUUCAUUUUUGGCUUUCUUUUUGCUCUUUUAUAUAUUUAUUUGGGUUUUUCCUUUUUAAUUUUUUUUGAGUUAGUUGAAUUGAGGGAUGAAGGUAUCUUCUUCUGGCUUCAAUCCUCAGCCUGAGGAAGCAGUGGAGAAGAAAUGCUUGAAUUCAGAGCUGUGGCAUGCUUGUGCAGGGCCAUUGGUCUCUCUUCCACAUGUAGGAAGCAGAGUAGUGUAUUUUCCUCAAGGGCAUAGUGAGCAGGUUGCUGCAUCCACAAACAAGGAAAUAGAUGGUCAUAUCCCUAACUAUCCUGGAUUACCACCUCAACUUAUCUGUCAGCUUCACAAUGUGACCAUGGAUGCAGAUGUUGAGACUGAUGAAGUAUAUGCUCAAAUGACUUUGCAGCCACUAAGUCCACAAGAGCAAAAAUAUGUGUUCCUGCUACCAGCUGAACUCGGGACCCUGAGUAAACAACCAAGUAACUAUUUCUGCAAAACAUUGACUGCAAGCGAUACCAGUACCCAUGGUGGAUUCUCUGUCCCUCGACGUGCUGCAGAAAAAGUUUUCCCUCCUCUUGAUUACUCUCAACAGCCUCCUGUGCAAGAGUUGAUUGGUAAAGAUCUUCAUGGAAAUGAAUGGAAGUUCCGGCAUAUAUUUCGCGGCCAACCAAAGAGGCAUCUCCUGACGACAGGAUGGAGUGUGUUUGUAAGUGCGAAGAGACUUGUUGCAGGCGACUCAGUUAUCUUUAUCUGGAAUGAAAAUAAUCAAUUGCUUUUGGGGAUACGACGUGCCAAUCGUCCGCAAACUGUUUUACCUUCCUCGGUGUUGUCAAGUGAUAGCAUGCACAUUGGUCUUCUAGCUGCAGCAGCUCACGCAGCUGCAACAAAUAGCCGAUUUACAAUAUUUUUCAAUCCAAGGGCAUGUCCAUCAGAGUUUGUCAUACCUCUCGCCAAGUAUGCUAAAGCAGUGUAUCAUACGCGAGUUUCUGUUGGCAUGAGGUUCCGAAUGCUAUUUGAAACAGAAGAAUCGAGCAUCCGUAGGUAUAUGGGCACAAUUACUGGCAUCAGUGAUUUAGAUCCUGUUCGUUGGCCAAAUUCUCAUUGGCAGUCUGUAAAGGUUGGAUGGGAUGAAUCAACUGCAGGGGAGAGGCAGCCUAGAGUUUCGCUGUGGGAAAUUGAACCUCUGACAACCUUUCCAAUGUAUCCAUCUCCUUUCUCCCUUAGGCUGAAGCGGCCAUGGCCACCUGGACUGCCUUCAUUUCCUGGUCUAUCAAAUGGUGAUAUGACUAUGAAUUCUCCACUUACAUGGUUGCACGGUGGCAUGGGUGAUCAGGGGAUACAAUCACUUAACUUCCAGGGAUUUGGUGUUACUCCAUUCAUGCAGCCAAGGUUUGAUGCUUCUAUGCUAGGUUUGCAGCCUGACAUUUUGCAAGCAAUGGCAACUUUAGAUUCUUCUAAGCUUGCAAAUCAGUCGCUUAUGCAGUUCCAACAUGUCCCUAGUGGUACACCAUCUUCAAUUCAGAGCCAGCUUUUGCAUCCAUCCAAUUUGCAACAUACUUUUCUCCAAGGCUUCCCAGAAAACCAACUAAUAUCUCAGGCACAGAUGCUGCAGCAGCAAAUGCAGUGCCACCAAUCUUAUAAUACUCAGCAGCAGCAGUUGCAGCACCAGCAAUUGUAUCAUGAUCAACAAGUUCAGGAACCCCAUCAAGUGCACUCGCAGUGUCAAGAUCAGCAGCAAACCAAGGCUCAAUUGUGUUCAGCUACUCAGUCACAGCUUUCUCAUUUACAGGUCUUAGGUUCAAUGGGUUCUCAACAAACAUAUUCUGAUAUAGUUGGUAAUCAUAUUAAUACAUCUAACAGCAGUUCCACCAUGAAAAGUCUCCUGAGUUCAUUUCCCCGUAAUGGAGCAUCCACUUUCCUGAACAUGACUGAAACCAACUCUCUAGUGUCUCCUUCCUCAUCAUCAAAGCGGAUUGCUCUAGAAUCUCAGCUCCCUUCACGAGCUCCAUACAUAGUGACACAGACUGAAGAUUUGAUGGUGCCUAAUACUAAGGUCUCAGAUUUUUCCACUUUGUUUUCACCAAAUCCUGGCAGAGAAGUUUUGGAUUAUCAAGCUGUAGCAGAUAGCCAAAACAACGCGCUAUUUGGAGUUAAUGGUAUGUCAAACCUGAAGGGUAACAGUCCGGAGAACGGAUCUUUACCUGUGCCUUAUGCUACCUCUAACUUCACAAAUACUGUGGGUAGUGAGUAUCCCGUUAAUUCAGACAUGACAACUUCAAGUUGUGUAGAUGAAUCUGGUGUCUUGCAGUCCUCAGAAAAUGUGGAACAAGCAAACUCACUUACAGAAACCUUUGUGAAGGUUCACAAAUCAGGGUCCUUUGGACGAUCACUGGAUAUCUCCAAAUUUAGCAGCUAUAAUGAGCUGCGAAGUGAGCUUGCUCGCAUGUUUGGCCUUGAAGGCCUGUUGGAGGAUCCUGAGAGAUCAGGCUGGCAGCUUGUAUUCGUUGACCGUGAGAAUGAUGUUCUCCUCCUUGGUGAUGACCCCUGGCAUGAGUUUGUGAACAGUGUUUGGUACAUCAAGAUACUUUCUCCACUUGAAGUGCAACAGAUGGGCAAAGAGGGCCUCAACCUACCAAGUGCUGGCAAAACGCAGAGGAUCACUAGUAAUGGCAAUGGCUGCGAUGAUUUCAUGAACCGGAACCACUCGUGUAAUAUUAUGAACGGAAUACCCUUGGGGUCACUUGAGUACUAAUUUAUGUUGCUUGGACACUCCCAAAAUGUUAUUGCACCCGUGUUGGAUCCUCUGAAGCACAGCUUUUGGAGGAUGCGACACACACUCGGUAAUUUUGACGAGUCUGAGCAACGUAAACUACUAAUGAACAAGAACAAUUAAGUGAUCCCUAAGGUAAAUGUACCAUGUAUCUGCUAAUAUCAGCAAUUCUUUGUACCUUGUUCAAUCAAUGUCAUUUUGUCAUGUACUUCUACCUAAAAAAUGGGGUCAAGUCUCAUUUGAACCUUGUAAACCAGAUAAUUUUCAAUGUAAAUUGUAAUGUUUAUUGUUGUUA